UUAAAAAUGGCAAUUUAUGAGAAAAUAUUUAAUUUAUUUAAACUCCAUAUUAAUGAUGAUUGCGACAAAGAUACUACACGGAAAUUGCUUUCGCCAAUACUUAUGUUUAUGGAUCUUUAUGAAAAAGAACGAACCGCAGAUCUUAUACAUGAAAUUUUUCAACAGGCCUGUGUUGAGUUUCAGUGGUUCUACUGGACUUCGGACGAAUAUUAUGGUGGAGUAGGCGAGUGGAGAGAAUUUCCACCUGUUUGCAUUUCGCAGCUUAACAAGGCUGUUCGUGAGAAAAAGACUAGUGUUCAGAUUGUUCUUUCACAACGUCACUAUGUAGUUGACUUCAAUGAGAUGACAAAAAGGCUUAUUCAAGACAAUGUGGUCUCUACUCAUUAUGGUCAAUAUUCGUCUCCUGUUUUUGCAAAAGUUAAACUGAUUGAUGAAUUUAACAUGGAAGAAUUCAGACAUCGUCUCAACGAUUUGACUGAAAAAGAAGAGAGGCAUUGUGCCAUUGUAAGAGGAAUUCUUAAAUUACUCCGGUCAAGUAGUGAAACACCAUUGGAGAGUGAACUGCUUUGUUCUGCUCUCACCUUACUUCUGCGAUUAAUAACAAAUAGGAAUAUGGUUGCUGAUUUUAUUGAGAAUGACGGAAUCCAGAUUAUGAUGCAAGUGCGAUGUCUACUGGCAUUGGAUGGGAAAAUAUCUCCUGCUAUGUUGAACACAAUUAUUUUGCUCAUUUUGCGAAAGUGUAUCGAUUUUGAUGAUAUUGCGUUGAGGAAUGCAUUUGACCAGAUGCUUACUAACACUUGCAAUGGGCUCCCAAUUUCGCUUCUUGAGGAGAAAUCUCGCCGCCAUGGUUUGCGUGCUAAACGGUACAAAUCAGAUCCCAAGCGCGUUUUCCGGUUAAUUGCUCCAAUUGCUGCUAUUUAUCCGUCAAUUUUUGUUGAACAAAUUAAAGAUAAAUUAGAAAUAAAGAAAGACGAAUUAAAAAUCAAGGAUAAGACUGAUGUGAAACAGGACUCAGACUCUUCUCUAGAUACAACCAACCUUAAAGAAGUUCUCCGAGCAACUAUAGAACAAUUGCAACGCUCUAUCAACAAAGAUACUUCUAAGGAAAAUUCUGUUUUUCAUGUAUCUAAUUUACUUAAAUUCAUUGCUGAGAUUGUUCGUAGUUACCCUCACGCUUCUUCUAUUUUUGUAAAUAUGGUUUUGGAUGGACAAAAUGUUGUUACUUGGUUGAUUGACAAAUUUCUCCUUAAUUACAACAAAGAAAACAAAGAUUCUCAAGAGGUAGUUUUUUCAACAAAAGCUGUCCUUUCUAGUUUGAUUGGUGACCAUUCGACUUCAAAUGUAGUGGAUCGUGUGGUUGAAGAUAUCAAAAAUCUACUCUUUGCAAAUAUAGAGGAAUAUAAUAAGGCAACUUUUCAAGUUAUUUCUCUUUCUGACAAAACAAAAUUGGCUACAAACUUUGCCGACCAGUUGAUUGUUAUUACGCAACUAUUAAUUCUUUUACGAGAUUCUGCUAGCCAGGGUAGCACCUUAUCUCCUGGUGAUUCGACAAAGCAAAUGGUUUUACUAGUGAAAAGCAUGUCCAAAAAUAAUCUUUUUAAUAUUCUUGUCAAAUCGAUAUGGAAUUUACCGUUUCAUGAACCUCAAGGUUUUGAAGCUGUGAACGCAUUGCUUAAAUUAUUUGAGAGUGUAGUUGCAAAGGAUAUGAAUCGCUUUACUUUUUCUCGGAGUAAUACAAACAGAGAAGAGCCGAGACAGCAUAUAACAAAUAGAAAUACUGGUGGUGAGCAACAACAUCAAGAUGAUUCCAACCAACCUAGUAUGGAUAUUGGUGUCGGAGAAAAUGCUAAUUUAGAGGAAAGUGAGCAAAAUCCUGAAGAGAGAAGCGAGAGAAUUGCUGACCUUGAUUCAAUAUUUACUAUUUCAACAGCUAACCGCAUCAGGCCAGAGGAAGAAGCGGACGAAGACGAAGGUAAUCAUCCAAAUUUAGUGGAGGAUAAUGAUCACGAAGAUGAAGCUAGCUCUACACAAUCGGAUGAAGAAGACGAUAUGGACACUGCUGAGGAGAUGGAUGCAACUCAAGCAGAUGCUGCUGCGGAGGAAGAGGCUGCUGAAGAGGACAUGGAGGAGGAUGAUGAUGAGCGUAACUCUGAAAAUAUGGUUGGGGACGAAGCAACUGCUGAACGUGUGAACAAUCAAAAUUUUGGUGUUGAUGCCCCUGAUGAGAUUGAUGACGAUGAUGAAGAGGAUGAGGAUGAAGAGUGGGAUGAUGAAGGUGGCAAUAAUGAUGAGACACUUGUUGAGUUUGAAGUUUAA